CUUUUCGAGUGCCGGGUCAUCCAAAGGGUCAUACCAUCUCUAGGCUCGCAAGUAACAUAACGCACUAGAGGCACUGUUGUAAUGCUUCCCCACCUUGACGAACCACCCAAAAGGCUCCCCAUGGGAGCUGCAGAUCUUGGGGAUGGAUACGCACUACUCUGCAAGAGAGAACGGACACCCUCUUUUCCACAAGGAGCUGAAAAAGAGGCCAUUCAAUUCUUCCUUAAUGGCCCUUCACCAAGAUUCUUCAAGUGGGCUCGGCUCAAACUGCCUAACGGUCAGAUUGCGCGUUCACUGUGGCGAGAAUCUUUGAGACCUCCAGAUAGACUACCAGUCUGUCGAAAUGUCAAGUUCACUCUCGACGGCACCAUAAGAUUCGGAGAAGUUCGUUAUUUCACUCGUCUUGUUGUCCGAGGUGAUGGUGAAGAUCAAUGGGUCUUUGUUGAUGUUGCCAUCGUCACGGUGUAUUCACUCCCUGACCCGAACCUUCUCAAGUCGACGUCUCCCACUCCAGCAUCCAGCACAUCUCACGGCGACAACGAGAUACGCGUGAUUAAUGUCAAAUGUAUCACGGACGUUAUACCAACGACACUUGUAAAGCCCCCUCCUGCUACCGUUGUUACUGUUCCGCCUGGGGGGCCCUCUUCGACUACCUCCAACGCCUCUUUCGUAUCUGGAUCGACAGGACCAGGGUCCCCUAGUGACGCCCCCCACGCUGCUGCAUCAUCAAAGAGACCUCGCAAAAUGCGACCAGGUCCUAAGAAGUAUGGACGGAACUUAUGCGCGUCUCGCUGGCUUAAACAAGUCACCCUAUCCGGUUCCGCCCAGGACUUCAAUAUAUACUACUCUCAAUUAAAUUACGAACAGAUCAAGGUCUGUUGUCGCCGCUUUUAUUGAGCGCCGCUGGCCUUUUUCUUGGCAGGCUUAUGAUACUGAGGCCGCGCAGCUAGUAGGCUCAGCCUGAGUGACUCUCAGUUUUUGAUUGCUGAU